GGAGUUACUGGGCGCCCUGGAUACCAGAGGAAAGAGUAGCACUGCUAUCCGCCCGAGCGGUAAUGUACGUUGAGAGACGCGCUGGUUGUCACUGGUUACAAAACCAGGUGUUAUUUGGCACAAACUGGACCGCUGCAACUAUUUUCAGCAACGUGUAGGCUCGGGCUUUUAAAUCGGGAUGUGAAGUUGACCAUUUAAGUAGGACAUCCGCAAAAUGAAGACACGGGUGCGCAGUGCUGUUCUCGGUAUUAUCGUUAUUACCAUGGGUACCAGUCUUGUGGUUGUAUACAACAACAGUUUCAACGUCACAUCAGGGUUUCAUUCGGGUGCUACAGCUACCGGACCGGCAGAGAAGCCCAGGAAAGCGCAGCCUAAAGCACGACCAUCUACCCUAGAGGGAUACACAGGAGUCAUCAAUCACAAGCCGCUGCGGAUGCACUGCAACUGUUGCGCCCUGGUAACCAGCUCGGGUCACCUGAUCGGCAGCAACCGCGGGGAUGAAAUAGAUCGCACCGAGUGCGUCAUCCGCAUGAACGACGCCCCAACCAGUAAUGGCUUCCGGAAGGAUGUGGGUCAGCGGACCAGUCUGCGCGUCAUCGCCCACUCCAGCCUGCAGAGGGUGCUGCGGAGUCGGCAGGAGCUGCUCAACACCAGCCAGGACUCAGUCUUCCUCUUUUGGGGGCCGAGCAGUUGCAUGCGGCGCGACGGCAAAGGCCUGGUCUUCAACAACCUGCGUCUGGUUAACCAGCUGUUGCCUCAGCUCAGGGUCUAUGUCAUCCCACGCCUCAAGAUGCUGCAGUUUGAUGAGCUCUUCAAGAAGGAAACGGGGAAAGACAGGAAGAGCUCUAACUCGUGGUUGAGUACAGGCUGGUUCACCAUGGCUGUAGCCCUGGAGCUGUGUGACCGUGUUAAUGUCUAUGGCAUGGUGUCUCCAGACUUCUGCAGGGCUCCCUCCCAACUCUCUGUUCCAUAUCAUUAUUAUGAACCGUCUGGGCCUGACGAGUGCUCCAUGUAUCUCUCCCAUGAGCACAGCCAGCACGGCAGCCACCACCGUUUCAUCACGGAGAAGACAGUGUUCGCCAGCUGGGCCCGGACGUUUGACAUCCACUUCUACCAGCCAGACUGGAGCCCGUCAGCCAAUGAAAACAGCUCACACACACUGGCUUCAGCAGGUUCCUGAAAACAGGCAGAGAGACAGACAGACAGAAACAGACAGAAACAGACAGACAGGUCCCAAUGACCUGGGGAGGACCUGACGUUUUCUCACUUCUCAUCUCCCCCUCUCCCUUUAUCGGAGUGUGGGGGAGGAAUGCAACAGUUCAAGAAUCAGACAUUAAGGAAGUGGCAGCGCACAGCCAUUAGGAUGAGUCUGGAGGAUGUGUUAAUGUGUUUAUUGUUUCAGUUUCAUAAUGGAACCAUUCAUUAGAGCUGUCAACAAAUGCAUUUUGUUACUGUUUUAUACUUUAAAAGAUUGUAUGGAUUUGAGAGAUCACAUUCAUACAUUACUGCCUGUUGUUUGACUGUAUAGUUUUCAUGUAUUUUUUCUGGUUUUGGAGUUGGGGGUCCACAUUAAAGCCUACUGGCACUGUU